CACACACACACGCGCGCGCACACACAAGUUUGAGUAGGAUGACGGAACCAGCAGCGGGACCGAGGCUUUUGUAGAAGCGGCGGAUGGCGCAGUGUGGAAGGACAAUGGUGCUCGGUGAAGCGUCAGUCUGCAGCCAUGCCGCAUACAUGUAUUAAGGAUCAUCUGUAGUCGGCUUUUAUUCUGGACUGGCGGUACCGGCGACACCUCCUUCAUCUGUGCCGCUGCCUUUUUCCACCCGACCGGAUUCUGAAUGGAUUGACGUGACCCGAGAUUUUCCCUCUCCCCUGUCUCCAGCUGCGGGCAUGAAUUCGCACCUCGGAUCCGGGUCGGUUCGCUUCGGUCCUCCUCCUCACCGCCGACGCCGCUGAAGACAUUUUGAUCGUCCUCUCCCCGUAACCCCCUCACCCCCCUCCUCCUCCUGGUCCUCCUCCUCCCCUGGACUCGAACACUACUCUUGCCUUCGCUCGGUACCAUGUCAGGACAGACUUUGACGGACCGGAUCGCCAGCAUGACCGGGUCAGCCAUCAGCAAAGCGGUGUGCAAGGCCACGACGCACGAAGUCAGCGGACCCAAGAAGAAGCACCUUGACUAUCUAAUCCACUGCACCAACGAGCUGAACGUCAGCAUCCCUCACCUGGCCGACACGCUGCUGGAGCGCACCGCCAGCAACAGCUGGAUCGUGGUCUUCAAAGCGCUCAUCACCACACAUCACCUCAUGAUGUACGGCAACGAGAGAUUGAUGCAGUACCUCGCCUCCAGAAACACACUCUUCAACCUCAACAACUUCUUAGACAAAGCUGCAUUACAAGGAUACAACAUGUCCACCUUCAUCCGACGCUACAGCCGCUAUCUGAAUGAGAAAGCGAUGUCGUACCGGUUAGCUGCCGUGGACUUCACCAAGAUGAAGCGAGGGGCUGAAGGAGUGAUGCGCACCAUGAGCACGGACAAGCUGAUCAAGACCCUGCCCAUCAUUCAGACUCAGCUGGACGCGCUGUUGGACUUUCAGCCCAACUCCAAUGAGCUGACCAACGGCGUCAUCAACGCCGCCUUCAUGCUGCUCUUCAAAGACUCCAUACGGUUGUUCGCCGCCUACAACGAAGGAGUCAUCAACAUGCUGGAGAAGUAUUUCGACAUGAAGAAGAACCAGUGUAAAGAUGCUCUGGAGAUCUACAAGACCUUCCUCAACCGCAUGACGAAGCUGUCCGAGUUUCUCAAAGUGGCAGAGCGAGUUGGGAUAGAUCAGGGCGACAGCCCCGAUCUCACACAGGCCCCCAGCUCUCUCCUUGAGGCUCUGGAGCAGCAUCUCGCCUCUCUAGAGGGCCGGAAGCUCAAGGACCUGUCCAGUGCCUGCAGAUCCAGCACUCUGUCCAGCGCUGUGUCCUCUCUGUCCAGCACCAGCAUCUCGCUCAGCUGCAUGGAGGAGAAAACGGAGAACGGCCUGCCUCCGCCGCACAAGGACGAUGGCUCGAAGGUCAUUGACCUCCAAACCCCGACAGUGUCGCCCAGUACCCAGUCGGUGGGCAGCGCCAACAGCAGCGGAGGACCGGAUCUCUUCUCCAACUCGCCUGUCGUGCCCAUCAACAACCAUGUGCCGAACCUGAGCAGCGAGCUGUUCACCCUGCAGCCCAACUUCACCCCCAUCCAGACCACUCACACUGUGCCCCUCAACAACAACGCCUGGGGAGGUGAUCUGCUCAAGCCCGUCCCGCCAGCUCCGAUCCACAGCCCUGGAGCCCCGCUGCAUUCUGGGAAGAUGCUACCACAUGAUCUGGACUCCUCGCUAGCUAACCUUGUCGGGAACCUACAGUUUGGGGGAACACCAGCAAAAAAGCCAGAGCUGCAGUGGAGCCACCUGGUCGAGAAGAAGCCCACCUGCGGUGGAGGAUGGCAAACCAAGACCAUGUGCUCCAGCACCAACUGGACUCACGCCACUCACCCCAUGGGGCCCGCACCGAUGCCCGUCCCUCAGAUGAACGGGGUGAUCUACACCGGCUACGCUCCAGCUCCAGUGGCUUUUCCCAUGACGACACCCCAAGUGCCUGUGUACGGAAUGCUCCCUCCUCAGGUGAGCCAUCAGAUGGGGGGCGUUCCUAUGAUGCCACCGCAGCCCAUCAUGUACAACCAGCCUGUCCUGAGACCUACUAAUCCAUUCGGACCCAUACCAGGGACGCAGAUGCACUUCAUGUAGUGAUGAUGUCGUUACCAUGGCAGCAAAGCUGAGACGGAGUGGAAGACACAAUCCGGCGGAGGGAGAAAGAGCAGGUAGAGAGAGCGAGGAGAAAGGGAACCACCAGAGGUCCGGCUCAGUCGAUCCACAUGACUCCACUUAGCCUGUGAUUUGACAGUUUUGUGACGACUCGACAAAGUGGAGGAGCAGAAGCUUCACCGCCGCCUCUUGACCUUCUCAAAAACCUCUGCUGAAUCGAGCGCCAAAGACCCCGCCCGCGUCUCUCUCUCUCUCUCUCUGAUCGGAUCGCACUUUACUCAGCGUGAACUUUGCCAAGGUCUGAUUUUAGCAUCUCGAUUGGGUCACCUGAUGUCAGAGGUCACAGAGGUGUUUGAGUGCCCCUUUUCUCUUCUAGUAACAUCUCAAUGAGCCGCACACGAGUCUUUUCUCAGCUCCGUUUGUUCUUGUUUGCCAACCUGACAUCCAGCGUGAGGGACGGGGGACAUGUGUGCGCGAUCUGUCCUGAAUGCAUUUCUGAUGUCACUAACGUGUCGCCAACGUGCAACUGCACUGGAACUGAGCCGGGCGGAGGCGGCGCGCUUGGAUGUAAACUGACCUCUAACACCGGAAAACUUCGCGCUUACUCGUGUUUCGUCCUUUGAUUUCCUUCUGCUGUGCAAUACCAUAGAACCAUCUCCACGUGUCUGUGGCCAUUUAGAAGCUGUGGUGUCGUACGUGUCGUGUCUUCAUCACCGUUGUGUAGAGAUUUAUUUUCUCGCUCCGGUUUCUCAGACAUGGAGAAAAUGCACUGUGAGUUAAAAAGGCAGACGACUUGAAUCGGUGUGUAUGUGACCGUCGGUCAAGCGCUCGAACUCGUCCUGGUCUUGUCCUAAAUGUUGAGCCCCGAAUACACGACACUUUUCCAGAAAGUUCGGUGAAACUCGGACUGAAAUUUAAAUCCUGAUCCAGAGAGCUGGUGUGUUGAUGCUUGGGGUCAAGAAAUGGAGUCGCACACAAUGAGUCGUGAAGGGCAGAAAUAACUGAUCACUCUUGUGAAGUUCAGGACAAAUACUUCUCCAUCACUGACCGCUCACAUCCCUCAUCCGAAACUGCGUCUGAACGCAUGGCCGAUAUCCGCCGUGUAUUGGAGGCGACCCAGUAUUCCUCACCUAAUAUUCACGAGGAUCCAAAUGCACCUAAUGCAAUACUAAAUUUACACAUGACCGAUCUAAAGUUCAAGUCACGGCAGCCUCUCAGAGAACGUCACGCAGUGAUGAACUCCGCCAGCGACAGCAGGCUCCAUUAACAAGCCGAUUAAUGUCAAAUCCAAGGUCGUAGAAGUAUAUAGAGCAUAAUUAUAGCACAAAUCUUUGUAGAUGGAGCCUCGGCUCUGCUGCACAAAAACACCAUUGCUGGGAUGUACAGUCAAAAGGGGCAAUAAUUGAUCUGGGAUGUUUCUUUUUAUAUGUGUGUGUUCUAUGUCUGUGUUCCGUGUGUGUUUGUGUGGACUUGCCUUCCCUUAGAUGCCGAACAGGGUUGCGUUAAGCUGCUCAGGCAUGCGUCGUGUUCGAUGUCAGUCCAAUGUGGCUCCAGACUCAACUGCGGUAACGACUGAGGGCCCGGUCUGUGAGGGGACCUGCAGGUCGGUGAGCAGAUCUGAAUCACUUGCUUGUGCUUGACUGACCUUGGGAAAGAAAGAUGGCCGAACUUGUGAGCAGCUUAAGGAACGCCACAAGUUUGACACAAGGCAGUAGUUCUGUGCUCACCGGCCUGUGAUGAAGUCACACUCAGCAGACACGGUUCUGAUACACCAAAAGUACUUGCUCACCUGUCCAUAUGGUCCGAAUCUGGUGUCCUAAACACUUGGCCCGGCCACAGGUGUAUAGAAUCUAGCACCUGGUUUGGAUGAAUGUGAAUGUGGUGAUGACUGGCCUUUCACAGAGUCAUGACCUGAACCCGCUAGAACACCUUUUUUUUGGGAUGAAUUAGAGCGGAGACUGAGAGCCAGCCCUUCUCCACCAACAUCAGUCUGUCACCUCACCAAUGCGCCUUUGAAAGAAUGGUCCAAAAUUCCUAUAAACACAAUCCUCCUCCCAGAAGAGUUGAAGCUAUAGUAGGUGAAGUUAGAAGGUGGAUCCACAUCACUAUGGGUGAGGAAUGGGGUGAGACUUAAGUUCAUAUGUGAGUCAAGGCAGGUGAGCAAAUAUAUUUGGUCAUGUAGUCUAAACACUCCAGCAAUGAAAAUGCCCAACACCAUAACUACAUUCCCAUUUCAUAACUCAAUGAACUUUGGUUUGCACUCUUGAAACAUAACUGAACGUGGCGAGGAGAUUCCUGCUGAUACAGUAAUAUAUUUCCAUUGUAUCUGGACAAAAGAUCUGGUUUUGUGCCAGAUCCCUUAGUACACAGGGAAUAUUUAGUCGAAAUAGAGAGCAGAAGUGCAACUGUCCAGAGUAGGUGGAGUCAUCUCCCAUGGAUGUCAACUAAACAAGGGAGCAGGAUGGAACUAGCAAGAAAAAAUGUCUGACCUGACAAAGCCAAAAUGGCGCUCAUGACUCCGCAAACUCCGCCCACCUGCACAUUCAGUCGUCCGUGCCUCGUGGUUUUGCAUUUCGCACCUUCCGAACAGGCCGGAACGACAAGAAUCAAUUGUGUGUUUCAUCAGAGAAACGAGGCACUUAAGCCAUUUCAACGUUGCUCAGCAGCUGCGACGGUCGAUCGCUGAGCGACUUGGUCAUCACGAUGACCCUCGUGCUGCCGUUAAAUAGUCCCAUUAAGUCAGUCCCGUCUCGCUGCGUGGGCCCGAACGUCGUUACAGCAGUUGAUGCGGCGCCGCCACUCUGAACAUCUCACCCUUCAACAUCUACCAGCAGAGAUUUGGGAGAAAUCAGAGCAAGGCCGGUCCAUUUCUAGAUAAUCCACGUGACUUCACUCGUCUCUGUUUAGUUCUUCCUCCGGGGGUUUCUCAGUCAGAUUUGGAACCGUUCGCCUGACUGUUAGCGUGUCCUCUGUAUAUACAGUCGCCAACCACGUGUUUAGAUGUUCUCUCUGUGAAGUGACCCAACCCCAGCGGAUGACUAACUGUAUGUGAGACAAUUGAUAUCUGUAACUGUGUUUGAAUGGUUGUGUUGGGAAGGCGUCACCACGCAGCGGGAGGGCGGGGGCCGAUGCUAGUCAUGUUUGUGUCCAUCUCCAGGAGGAUUGGGUUUGAGGUGGGCGUGUCAACUGGUAUAUACCAAGAGUGUCUUCAUCCAGAGAGUGGACAGGACAGGGUCUGUCCUCUUACCGCAGGAACAUUUUUGCACCAAAGUCAUCAUCAAAGCGCAGCUUCUUCUUACUCACUAUGGACGGAUGUUGUCAGAACUCUGAAAGGACUUUAGUUUGUUUCUUUUUGGAGACAAAGGAGUCUUUGUCUAUAAUUUGCAUGAUUAAAUGUCGUCUUUUUUAUUGGCUUGUGUGCCCGGUAAAACGCAUGAUCAUUGUGUGAACUCUCACUUUUACCGGUGGUGUUUGGAAAUCGUGACGGAAAUUUCUCCAUGGGACCUUUUUCUUUUUUAAUUUUUUUUUUUUGAACAUUCGCUGACAUUCAUAAUCAAGAGUUUUACAAUGUAGGUCUGUAACCGUUUGAAGGCUGCCUCGCAUGCAGAAAUGCAACUUGCAAGUAACGCAUCAAACUUCAAACCCAGUUACCACGACUGCAUCUUUGUAAAACACCAUGAAUGUUGACGUCAGUUGUCACCUAGCUAGCUAGACAUUGCAGUCUUGUAAUACCGCUCUUUAUUAAAAGCGUUGCUAUUUUCAAUAUGUGUGUUUGAAUGCUCACUCCUCCUUUACGACUAUGCCAGCAGCAUCGUGGGACGUUGCGAUAGGAAGUCAAAAGUACUGUAAUAUGUGUUUGGUCUGGUCGACAAUGUGUGGUGUUCUUAACGUGCUUGCCGAGUCUCGUCCUGUCUGUUGCCGUCAUCAGCUGAUAUUAAAACUCGUCUUCUUGAAACGGGCUGGUUUUUAAUGAAACCAGGUUUGUUUAUUUUUGCUGACAAACCAGUCCUGCAAGUGUCCUCAGCGAGACAACGGGUUCUAGAUUUUUUUUUUUUUUUUGUAGCUCAAACUUUCCAAAAAAAAAAAAAGACUGCUUCAGACCUCAUUUCAGCUUCAUGCCAAUUCACUAGCUCGCAACACUCCCGGACAGCUCUCUUCAGUCAUCUGCACUUUACAGCCAUCUGAGGGGCAGCCACCAAGUUAAAACCACCAGACUCCAUCGUAACUCCCGUGAGGGUCGACGGGACGUUCAAUUGAUCCGACCAAAUUGUCAUCUGUUUCAGACCUUCAGUCUGUCCCUGAUAUUUGAGCAGAAGAACAUAGGCACAAGCCUUUCGUUCACUCACAGAUGAAGAUGUCCAACUUUUGUUCUUUCACCACCAACUUUCUGUCGUGCCAGUUAAGGAUCGGUUGGCGACGGAAACCAAGCAACUGUUCGCAGAUGAUGCUUCAGUCGCAAUAUGCAGCAGGUAUUCUUGCAUCACCGUACUCAUCCAUAGGCAAAGCUCAGAAGAAAUAUGGCUGAAGUCUGAAGAGACAAGGGGUGGACCCAUCUGAGAUGGUGUCUGCUAAGCUUCUCUUCAUCUCUUUUAACCCUGGCUGCUCGGUGGUUUUGACUUUGUGGCUGGUCCUCUGAAAAUACCUUUUUGCAGUGAAGAAACAGCGACUGUCUCUUUCGAACUUUGUUAUACCUCAGUAAACCGCCAACAACACUGCAACCACCUCAACCUGCAACGCCGCUCACGGUCCGAUCAAGUCUUGUCAGCAGGGAAGUUACCAUUUUACUGCUCCAGUGACGGAUCUCUCGACAGGAUUUUAAUGUAAACCGUGUUUAUUUUAUAAGCAUAGUUGUUUUUGAAGGAAACUGGAAUAAAACUUCAUUUAAUGCCGAACAUUUCUUUGGGGAUUUCUUCACCGGCUUCAGCCGCUCAAGCUUGUGAGGACAAUGAAUUCUGGUGGGCAAGUUUUUUUCCAUGUGAACUGAGGUUUUUUGUUCUUGUGAUUGCCCUAUCUGUUCUUGGAACUGUGUCUGCUGAACUGCAAAUGGUGUCAAAAGUGGGAUGUUCCUAAAUGUACCACAAGGAGGAACCAUGCACAGGUGAAACAAGGCCACCGUCUUUUUCAUUUUGUCUAAAAAGGAAGUUGUAUGUCUCACUCAUUUCCAUUGAAGAGUUGAACAUAUCUGCCUGGGGGAAGGACUGGUUCAUGCUGCCCCCUAGGCUGAAGGGCAAGAAAAAUAAUUGGCCAAUGGCAGUGGUCAGUGCAGGUAAUGUGGACGGCAGUUCAGGAAGUGGCUCUGAAUAAACAAACUUAUGAGACAGCAGACACAGAACCAGUUCAAAAUUGUUUAUUGAUAAUUAAACAUCAUAAAUGAACAAAAGAACAAAAUUUAAAACAAAAUGUGUUCGUUCAAACAAGUCGGAUGUGGCGUGAAAACUCUCCGUCGGCGAGCGUUGAACCAGCAACAGAUCC